AUGGGGACUAUUGCUCAAACUGCCGGCGUUGUCCAAGUCCAGCUGUUGUUGGUUCACAAGUGUCAGGAAUAUUACCCCUGGCUGUGGCCUUCUACUCCUGGCCGUGAUUGCCAGCCUUAUGCCUCGAAGCCACCGCCGCUCGACGAGAACGAUGUCAGGCAAAACAACGAGUACGAGGGCUUGUAUUUGGCCGGGACGCCUUGGCGUGGAGUGCGCCCUCGUCGCUAA